AUGGAUGAAAUGCAAAAAGAUGAAAUCAAUAGGGAAUUCAACCUCUUUUAUUCAGAUACAGAAAAGGAGGAAGAAUACCUCGCAAAACUAGGACUCAAACACAAGCGGGCAUAUCUCUUCCACGGGAUAUGUGGUACGGGGAAAAGUAGUUUGGCGAUAGCUUUGGCUACUUCUUACAAUCUGAAUGUAUGCAGCGUCGACUUGAAGAGAUAUGACCCGGAGGAUUUGAAGGUAGUUUUGCGUGGGGUUCCUAAGCGCUCUGUGGUCAUUUAUGAAGACAUCAGACCCAGCACUUUUCGAGAGUACGGUUCGCAGGAAGAAGGAUUCCCGCUAUCUACCUUCUUGAACUUGCUUGAUGGUGUCGCAUCUCCCGAAGGACAUAUCAGCAUCAUCACGACCAACUACCUGAAAGAGCUUGAUGAAUUCUCCCAUGAGCUGCUCCGGGAAGGCCGAAUCAAUAGGAAGAUCAAUUUCACUUGGAUUACUCAAGAUCAGGCAGCAACAAUGUUCAUUAUUGCUAUGUGGAUUCCCGAGGCCCAUUACAACAGGGAAGAUAUCUCCAAGCUUGCUAGUGAAUUUGGACAGCUCAUUCCAGAAGGAAAAAUAACCCAUUCUGCGGUACUGGAGUACCUUGUUUCUUAUAGAGGAGAUCCUCAAGGUGUAGUGAAUAAUGCCGGAAAAUGGAUACAAGAGUCCGUGAAUCAAGAACAGAAAGGAACCGACGACCAGCAAAAAUUUGACGAUCAGCAAAACACUGGAGAAAAUCAUGGAAAGAGGCGGAAAAGGAAGAAGAGAAAAGGCAGGCGAAAUUGA